UCUUUCCUCUUCCCUUCCCUUUCCUUUCUUUCUUUCUCUUCCAAAUCUAAAACCCCUUUCACUCUCUCCCCCAGUUUCUUCUUGCUUUCUUUCUUAUUUAAAUACACACAAAUUUCAUACAAUCCAAUUCAAUUCAUCGGUGAUUUCUCAAGAAUGGACUCCAUCUCAAACGGGAAUUCGCUGCCGCCGUUUCUUAGCAAAAUCUACGACCUGGUGGAGGACUCCUCCACAGAUGACAUCGUUUCGUGGAGUAGUAGUAAUAACAGUUUCAUUGUUUGGAAAGUCGCUGAGUUUUCGAGGGACCUCUUGCCGAAGUAUUUCAAGCACAGUAACUUCUCCAGCUUCGUCCGCCAGCUUAAUACUUAUGGUUUUAGGAAGGUUGACCCAGAUCGGUAUGAAUUUGCAAAUGAGGGCUUUUUAAGAGGCCAGAAGCAUCUCUUGAAGAAUAUUAGUCGGCGAAAAUCAGCUCAAGGUCAUGGUCAACAACCAGCUCAACUUCAGAGCUCCACAGUUGGGGCAUGUGUUGAAGUAGGGAAAUAUGGGCUUGAGGAAGAGGUUGAAAUCCUUAAGCAGGACAAGAAUAUUCUUAUGCAGGAACUUGUUAGGUUGAGGCAGCAGCAGCAAGCUACGGAUCGUCAGUUGCAAACUGUGGGGCAGCGUGUACAGGUGAUGGAGCAGCGUCAGCAACAAAUGAUGUCUUUUCUCGCAAAGGCCAUGCACAGCCCAGGCUUCUUAAGCCAGCUUGUACAGCAGCAGAAUGACAGCAACAGGCGCAUUUCUGGUGGCAACAAAAAGAGGAGACUGCCUAGACAGGAUGAAGAAAAUGUGGCUGGUGCAUAUAAUGCUCCUAAUGGACAAAUUAUCAAGUUCCAGCCUUCAAUGAAUGAGGCAGCCAAAGCCAUGCUGCACCAGAUCUCGAAGAUGAAUGCAUCUUCUAGGCUUGAACCAUCCAUGAGCAACCUUGGGUCUUUCCUGAUUGAUAAUGUUGCUUCUGCUAAUACUUUGGACAGUAGGAGCUCCUCUAGUCAAAUAUCAGGAGUAACACUUGCUGAGGUUCCACCCACUUCUGGGCAGUCUUAUAUGUCAGCUGAGUCAAGAUUUCCUGUCAGUUGCCCAUCUUCUGCCAUGUCUGAGAUAAAAGGUCCCCCUUGUGUGGCAACAGAUCGUGUCAAGGUGGAUAAAAUUCGAGAAAUGAAUGUGCACAGUGCUAGGGAAGAUGCAACUUUGCGUAACUCUCAAUUACCAGGAAUUGUACCAGAAAGCACUAUUGGAAUCCCUGAUGUGAAUUUUGUAAUGUGCGAGAAUGGGAGUGCAGAAAAUAUGGAUCCAAUUGCAGCUGUUUUGGAUGGUUCAAUGCCUGUAGAAGCUGAUGUCUUUUCCCCUGAUCAAGAUGGAGACAUUUUGCCAGAUGGGAUCUCUAAGCUUCCAGGUAUUGAUGAUGUCUUUUGGGAACAAUUUCUUACAGCAAGCCCACUAACAGGAGACACGGAUGAGAUUAAUUCAAGCUCAUUGGAAGCUGGCAUGACCAAUGAGCGAGAACUACAGUCGGGGCAGGAGAAUGGAUGGGAUAAGAUUCAACAUUUGAAUCAUCUUACUGAGCAGAUGGGUCUUCUUGCAUCCGAGGGUAGAAGGCUCUGAUGUCUUACGAAAUGUAUAUAUGUGCUUCAAGCUGUUCUGAGAGGUUGAUAUUCUCCACCGUGGGCAUUGAAAGCUUUUUUCGAAAGAGAGAUGUCCUUGAAGUUUAUGAAACACUUUUUUGCCCUUAUUAUAUGUUCUUAAUAAGUUACUUUGUGAGUCCUGGUCUGGGACACUUAAAUAACAUAUGCGUAUGAUAUAUAAUGGGGUCUACAUACAUUGUCGUCUGCUGUAUAUAUAUUUUCUCAUGAGGGGGAUGGUUGUUGAUGGACCUGAGGAUAAAAGAAUUAUGCUUAACAUGCGUAUUUUGCUAAAGUGUUUGGAUGUGGCUUAAACCAUAGCUGUGGCAGAGAAAACAUGUUAUUGAGAACAGAAAUUAGGAUCGAUUAUAAGAGAAAAAAUUAGGAUCAUACUUAGUUUCAACCAAGAUGUCAGGAGUUUAAGGUUGUAGGUAGGCUAUUUGUGCCCUGUGCAGAACUCGGUGAACUCAAAAGAAAGGUCCGGGGAUUUAUAGGUUUUGUAGAGUGUAAAAUGAAAUGAAUUUUUCAGAGGAGCAACACAUGAAUAUUUGUUUCAGUUGAAGGUGGGCAUAGAAUAUAGUGUUUCCUGCCUUAAGGUCUUUAACCUGUAAGAAGCUUGUUUCAGGGACAACGGUGGAAGAUUAUAUGGAUCAUAACCUGUGUUAGAUAAUUGGCAUGGAGUUACCUACAAAGAAGCACUGCCAUAGUAAGGUGUAGAUAGUAUGAAAAGGAAUUUUGAAAGUGAGCUAAUACCUAAAAAUGGAGAAACAGGACUGCCCCGGUACAUAGAUUGAGACCUUGUUCUGAACUUAGGAUUGGAAAAUGAAAAGUACUCAAUUCCCUUCUAAUUGUUUGGAAAUGUGGCGUUGAGUUUCAAGUUGUGAAGGUGAAAGAUCAAUGGUUCACCUUUCUUACUCUCCUAGGGAUAACCUAUUUGGCAUAUUUUGUCCCUAACAUCUCCAGAUCGAAUGUUUUAAGGCUAUGAGAAUUCUUAGUGUAGAACUUUGUGACAACUGCCAAAAAUUUCUUUCGAAAAAGACUUGUGCUUAGUAGAGGCAAGUUGGUUGAGUGAUGUAUGAAUCUUGGUGGCAACAAAUAUACUUUAUUUUGUUUGUU